UAUACCCGCACUUAAACAUGCUUGCUUGCUUGCCUGCCUUGCCUUGCCUUGCCUUGCCAUUUGCACUGAUGCCCGCUUUUACUCAAAAGUAAACACUGAUUUUCGCUUCCAAUUUCCCACGAGUCGGUCAUGAAAUUCAGAGUCCGAGUCCGAGUCCCAGUCCGAGUCGCAGCAUCUCUCCCACCAUGCCUACGUCAUUAGCUCGCAAGCUCCUCAUCUGCGCCGCCGUAGAUGGCCUCGUCAUCCAGCCCCUACCGCCCAAGGGCCAGCGUCCCUCUCAGCCCCUGAAAGUGAAAUACGGGGAUGCCACCGUAUCUACCCUGCCCCGGGAUCAAACCCCUGACACUUCGAAACCAAAUUCCAGUUUCGAAGCCUUCGGGAUCGUUGGCCUUUUCACUGUGUCUCGCUUGAGCUACCUCGUCACCAUAACCGGCCGCCAACAGGUCGCCCAGAUCCGCGGGUACCCCGUAUACGUCGUGACCGAUGUCGCCCUCACGCCAUGCACGUCCCAAACUGAAGCCGAGUCCGCCGUGAGACACACUAGCGUACAACUCCGUCGUGCAGCCCAGGCUGGCGACAAGAACAUAAACCAAGACGAGACAUCUGGCUCAGACACUGAGGGCGAUACCGCUUCACUGUUGGGGCAGGACGAGACGGACGACGUUCAUACUGACCGUGAGAGCCUGUCCGGCAAGGAAGUCGCUGGAGAGAGUGAGGCGCGCGAUGAAGACCCGUCCGAACGGGAAGGACGCCGGUCCAUAGCAGAAGACGUCAUCCAACGCAAGGGCAGCUAUGGGCGCUUCACCGAGCGUUGGUUCAGUCAUCGUGGCUGGGUUCAAGACCAGAAGCGCAAUAUGGGCAUCAGUGAUUCAGCACCCCAAGCAUCCGAAGCCCCCACGGACGCCCAAGCCAAGAAACAGGACAAGGACGAUAAGAAGCUUGGCAACACUGUUGUGGCGGAGACGGCGAGCAGCAAAGUGGAAAACCCUGUCUCAACAGGUGAGAGCUUGCUUCCGAAAUUGUUGCGCAUGGCACACAUAUGGUUCGGAACCUCGCACAGCUUCUACUUCAGCUAUGAUGUUGACAUUACCCGCAAUCUGGGCAAUCAGGGGUUGGCGACCAAUGGAGAUACACCGUUGCAUCGUGUAGCGGAGCCCAAGUUCUUUUGGAACAAGCACCUCCUGCAACCCUUCUUCACUGCAAAAGAGGAUUCAGUCCUUCUGCCAUUAAUGCAGGGCUUUGUCGGGCAGCGCGAGUUCACCGUAGAUGGCCAGCCGCCCCAGUCGGAUAGCGACAAGGCUACGGGGUCGAUGGAGAUGAACAACUUCAGGUCCCCCGAUGCUGGGGAGGAGCAGCAGGGUGGUUCUUCGACCAACCUAAGGCCGAGCGAGAAGAAGUUCCUGAUCACGGUUGUCUCCCGUCGAAGCAUCAAGCGAGCUGGUCUGCGAUACCUCAGGCGUGGUAUCGACGACGAUGGACAUGUUGCGAACAGCGUCGAGACGGAGCAGUUGCUCUCAAGUCCUUCCUGGUCCGGCCCCAAGAUAUUUAGCUUCGUUCAGAUUCGUGGCAGUAUACCGCUCUUCUUCACACAAUCGCCGUAUAGCCUGAAGCCAGCUGCUGUGCAACAACACUCUGAAGCUACCAAUUUGGCGGCUUUGACCAAACAUUUUGACCAGUUGCGCAAACGCUACGGCGCUGUACAAGCGGUAAAUCUUGUGGAAAAGCAUGGCGUAGAGUCCGUCAUCGGAGAAGCGUUCGAGAAGGGCGUGGCCAAGUAUAACGAAGACAAGAAGGAUGAGACAGAAAAGGUUGGCUUCGAGUGGUUUGACUUCCACAACGCUUGCCGAGGAAUGAAAUUCGAGAACGUGAGUCUGUUGAUGGAUACCUUGGGCUCUAAAGUUGAGAGCUUUGGAAGCACUGUGGAGGAACCUGCGAAUAGUGACGGCAAGCCCGGCAAAAUCACGACUUCCCAGAAGGGCGCUCUAAGAACGAAUUGUAUGGACUGCCUAGAUCGGACGAAUGUUUGCCAGAGCAGCUUCGCCAAGUACAUGCUUGACCUGCAACUGAAAGAGGAAGGUUUCGAUAUGACUGCGCAGGCUGACCAGACCACGACCUGGUUCAACACUCUUUGGGCAGACAACGGAGAUGCCAUUGCUAAGCAAUACGCCAGCACCGCAGCGAUGAAAGGAGACUACACCAGGACGCGAAAGAGAAAUUAUAGGGGUAUGGUCAAUGAUUUGGGUUUGAGUCUGUCACGACUAUACAAUGGAAUGGUGAACGAUCAUUUCUCCCAAGCUGCAAUCGAUUUCCUCCUUGGUAGCGUGACGUCGAUGGUCUUCGAAGAGUUCGAGGCUACAAUGGCGACCAAGGAUCCUGCUGUUUCCAUGUCCAAGAUGCGCGAAAAUGCUAUCGAGCAAUCACAGAAAAUCGCCAUUGAAAACCCAGACUCGGAAGACUUCAUUGGCGGCUGGACACUGCUAUCUCCAUAUCACUCGGACACCAUCAAGAGCCUGCCUUUUGACGAGGUCGUCCUGCUACUGACCGACGCGGCCCUAUAUCUAUGCCGAUUCGAUUGGAAGCUCGACAAGGUGGCUAGCUUUGAACGAGUGGACCUCGCAAAUAUCGUGUCGAUCAAGGUCGGCACAUACGUCAUCUCCACGGUCUCGUCUACUCAAUCAGACGAAGACAAAAAUGUGGGAUUUGUGGUCACAUAUGAGCCUGGCAAGGACGACGUGAAACGUCUAAACACACGAAGUCUGACGAGCAAUGCUAGCUCGGCUCCAUCGGUCAGCGGCGACAAAGAGUCAGACAGCAAAGGAGACAGCCCAGCGCCCCCUGCGUCCGGCGGUAUUCUGGCGCCUAUCUUUGGAUCAUCGUCCCCUUCCAAGUCCGCCCAGCAAGCACAACCUCAGAAAAAGAUUGCCUUCAAGGCCACUUAUGCGCAGUCGUCCAUGAGUGAUCCGACUGUGGCCAAGAGUGGUCGCACUCCGAGCGAGAAGGAGCAAAUUGAUAUCAUAGCAUCUGAGAUAGAGAGACAGGUCUUUGUCUCUCAACCUCUCGACAAGGCUCGGGGUGAUUCUGAGCGGACAAGCAUCGUGGAGAGGGAAGACAUUAUCAGUCUGGCGGACGCCAAGAAGAAUACAGGGUUGCUCGAGACCUGGGGACAUGCUGUGAAGAAGCUAGUCUGGGCUUAGCGGGUAUUUAUACGGGUUCCUUUUCGUCAUAUAUGAUCGCAUGCGUCGAGCAAUGUACUAGAUCGGCUGU